AAACCCUCUAAUCACUUUUCUAUCUCAAAGCAAUUUUAUUCAUUCUCUCUCUUCUUUCUCUCUCCCGUGUAUGUGUAGAAUCUGAGUCAACACGACACCGUUUCAAGGGUUGCAAAUUGAACCUUUUGAUUGGUCUCAUCACUUCUCUCUGCCCAACCAAAAACAACAUUUGAUGAUAUAAAAAACAAAUGUAUCAAACGAGUUAUUACCGAUCACCGUUCGGAGACACGACUUACACCAAAGUGUUCGUUGGAGGACUAGCAUGGGAAACUCCCACCGAUGAAAUGCGUCGUUACUUCGACCAGUUCGGAGAGAUUCUUGAAGCUGUCAUCAUCACCGAUAAAAACACCGGCAAAUCUAAAGGCUACGGUUUCGUCACGUUCCGUGAGGCUGAUUCUGCGACCAGAGCCGUGGCUGAUCCUAAUCCAGUGAUCGACGGAAGAAAAGCUAAUUGUAAUAUUGCUUCUUUUGGACGGCCUCGACCAUCUCCACCUCGAGGUCGAGGACAAACAGGAAGUCCGAGCCAUUACCAAAGUGGAGGACCAUCAGCAUAUACGGGGAUGGCUGCACCGCUGCCACCGGCUGCAGCUGCCCACCAGCUCAUGUAUCCGUCCUAUGGGUACACCUAUAACCCUGAUCAAUUCGGGUACCACCAAGCACUGUACAACACACAGUUGCAACAAGCGCAGUACUAUCAACAGCAGCAACAACUAUAUGGAGGAGGAGCAACAUCACCAUCAUCAGCAGCCGCAGGCAUAAUGCCUUCUCCUUACUAUUACGGCUAUUCUCUUCAAGCUCCUAGAGUGCCAUACCAACACCAUCAUCACCUUCCUCAACCAUAUAACCCUCAACAACAACUUCAUCAACGGGUUACAUCUCCUUCUUUCCUCGUUUACCCAUCCAAUAGUACAUCUUUUGCACCUCCUCUCCAAGGACUACUCUCUUCUUCCACAGAAUCUGAAGCACCACAACAAGUAUCAGCAGAAGUUGAAGCAACAACUGCACCUGAAAGUACAUCCAGUAACAACAAAGAACCCACUUCUUCUUGAUAUCUUGCAUUUUCCCAAUUUGUACAAUCUUCACAUUUGUCUCUCUCUUAAGUGAUUCAAGAAAGAAAAGAAAACAACUAAUUCAUUUAUUUCUCCAGAGCUAUGACUUGAGCCCCAAGAAGGCCACUCCAGGCUGCCAAAAGUAUCUCUUUAUAAUACUCUUGUCAUAGUUUUUCUCUGUUUUUUGGUUCUGGCGGAAUCUAUAUGUAAAUCCAGAGUCCUUCACAUUCUUCUUAUUCGUUUUAUUCUAAUAAUUUCAACUUUAUGCUAUAUGAUUCGUAUUCCUGCUUCAGUGCUCCUAAUCUUUUUAUCUUCU